AUGUUCCAAAACCACGAAAAAUUAGGCACCGAAACUUCCACCCCAGCCAGAGAUAUCGGAAUCUUCCCGAAUCCUGCAUUCCAAAGCCCAGAAGAGCGUGCUCGUGAUGCUCCACGUCUAGAGAUGCUCCGCAAGCUCCAAGACGUCGUCGACGCCCGCGGUCUCACCGACUUUCAUGAGAUUCUAAAGGCCAAGGAAGAGGUAGAGAAGAGUCUGAAACGGGGAAGUUCAAGUGAUGUGGAGAAUGUUGAGCCGGUGUCGGAGGAGAAAGAAGAAGAAGUGAAAAGGAAGAAAAAGAAGGAAAAGAUGGCAGCUGCGAAGGAGCCGAAAACGGAGAAAAAGAAGAAGGAGAUGUUCCCGCGUCUCGUUCGCCGCAACGCUCGUCGCGGCGGGUCCACCGAGGAAGGGCAGACAUGGACCGAGGAGGUUGUCAUGUUCUGA